AUGUUUUCGUUCCGCCUGCUUCCGAGUACAGCCACGGCCACGGCCACAGCCCACGGCGCGCGCCUGGGAAGACUGGUAGCGAGGAAUGUGCAGAUCGAUACGCCGGCGUUUCUUGCGCCAACGUCGCGCGGCGUGGUGCCGCAUCUUUCGCACGAUAAUUUGAGGGAUCAUACGGAUAUUAGGGGGGUUUAUGCUGCGCUGGAGGAUUUUAUCGAGAAGGGCAUUCCUGGAUCUCCCGCGUUUCAGUUCCCCGGUCCGCUGCGCGCUUUCACGGGUCAGCCAUCUUCCUCACUGUUGUUCCUGGCUGCAAGAAGAUGUCCGCCGGUUCCGGCACCAGCUACGAAUACCGACCACUCGAUAUCGAUGCUCACAUCCGUUGGCUUCCGCGAGCUGGAAGUCAACGAUUACAUCUCUUGCCUGUCACAUCUCCAGCCAGAUGCUGUAAUUGGACUGGCAGACAUACCUGCAAAGAAGGCGGGGAAGAACCGCAUGCCGAAGAUGGUAGACCGCACCGAGCUCUGGCUCGAGACCCUACUGCGCAUAACAGAGGGUAGUAGGACACCGAUAUUUGCGCCGAUUCUCCCGAUCGAGAUCGAGCAGCAGCGGCUUUAUAUUCAAUCCAUCGCCGAGGAGAUGAGCACUCGUCUUGCUGGCCUAGCUUUCUACAACUCGACUCUCGUACCGGAUAUGCCCAGCGAGCUUGAGGGCUUGCCGAGAUUUGCGAUGGAUGAUCCGGCGACGCCGCAUAUCCUCUUACAGGCAAUUGCAAGGGGCGUCGAUUUAUUCUCGCUUGUAUUUCCGACCGAGGCCACGGAUGCGGGUUUUUCGCUCGAGUUUGAGUUUCCCGGGAAGGUGGAAGGCGGCGAGGAGGGGAAGAGGAAGCCGCUGGCGAGAGAUAUGUGGGCUGGAUCAGAGGAGAUGAAGACGGAUACAAAGCCGUUGGUAGAGGGGUGCAAUUGCUAUGCUUGCAGGCGGCAUCAUAGGGCGUACGUGUGUCAUCUACUCGCGGCGAAGGAGAUGACGGCGUGGGUGCUGUUGCAGCUUCAUAAUAUCCACGUGACGGAAUUGUUCUUCGAUGCUGUCCGGAAGAGUAUUGCAGAUGGCACGUUCGAGGAGGAUUGUCGGAUGUUUGCUAUGGCGUACGAGAACGAGAUGCCGAAGCAGACGGGCGGUGGGCCGAGGCAUGUUCUUCACGUUCCCAUGCACGGCUGCGAUGAUCAGAGGAAUGCUAAUGGAAAAAUAGAUUAA